UAUCAAUAGUUUUCGAAUUUGUUACAGAUGAACUGAUAAAUAUUCCUUCAAAAUCAUAAAAUGGGCAACAAGUGCUGUAGUAACAGUCAUAAUGCCGAGCCGCACAAUAUGUUUUCUAGUCUUAAAGCUCCAGGAAUGGACGCAAAAAUUGUCAGUGGCUUGGAGCCCCGGUACACGCCGGAUCCCCAAAGAAGUCAUGUUGACAUCAUCCGUCCACGACAAACACCCACCAGGCCCCCGGCCAAUCCGAUUGCCAAGAGUCGUAUUGUGAUCGCCCUGUACAACUACACUGCCCGUGAUGUCACAGACGUCUCCUUCCGAAAGGGCGAUCGCAUGGAAGUGGUGGACGACUCUGAUGGCGACUGGUGGACCGUUCUUCAUCUUACCACAAGACAAGAGGGGCUAAUUCCGGGAAAUUUUGUCGCCCCCGAACUGAGUAUUGAAAGUGAAGAUUGGUUCUUUGAAAAUAUAUCGAGAAAGGAAGCCGACAAGCUCUUACUGGCUGAAGAGAAUCCCAGAGGGACUUUUCUCGUUCGUCCUUCUGAACACAACCCACUUGGGUAUUCGUUAUCCGUAAAAGAUUGGGAGGAAGUCAGGGGCCAUCAUGUUAAGCAUUACAAAAUAAAACCUCUAGAUAACGGUGGUUUCUACAUAUCCACGAACAAAACGUUUUUGACUCUUUCAGAAUUAGUACAGGCUUAUUCGAAAAAUGCUUUUGGACUUUGUCACGUUUUGUCGAGGCCAUGUCCUAAACCUCAACCUCAAAUGUGGGAUUUGGGCCCGACGUUCCGUGACAAAUGGGAAAUUCCUCGUGAAGAAAUUCAGCUCAUUCGACGUCUUGGACGAGGUAACUUCGGCGAAGUGUAUUAUGGUAAGUGGCGAAAUUCAAUCGACGUAGCGGUCAAGACAUUACGUGAGGGUACAAUGUCGACCCAAGCGUUCCUUCAGGAGGCUGCGAUCAUGAAAAAGUUCCGUCACAAACGUCUCGUGGCUCUUUACGCGGUUUGUAGUAAAGAAGAACCAAUCUACAUAGUACAGGAGUACAUGUCUAAAGGAAGUCUGCUAGAUUUUCUGCGCAAAGAUGAGGGUAAAACGCUUGGCUUCGAAGACUUAAUAUACAUAGCGUUCCAGGUGGCUUCCGGAAUGGAAUAUUUGGAAUCGAAACAGUUAAUCCACAGGGAUUUGGCUGCCAGAAACGUUCUUAUCGGGGAAAAUAAUAUCGCGAAAAUUUGUGAUUUCGGCCUCGCCAGGGUUAUAGAGGAUAACGAAUAUUGUCCGAAACAAGGAUCUAGAUUCCCAGUGAAAUGGACCGCCCCCGAGGCCAUCGUCUACGGGAAGUUUUCGAUUAAAUCUGACGUAUGGUCCUACGGUGUCCUUCUUAUGGAGCUGUUCACGUACGGACAAGUGCCAUAUCCGGGAAUGCAUGGUCGCGAGGUAAUCGGACAAAUCGAAAAAGGUUAUCGAAUGCCCAAACCUGCCACUCAUUAUAUACCAGACGAAAUUUAUCACAUCAUGUUAAACUGUUGGGAUACCAAACCGGAAAAUCGCCCAACGUUCGAAUUUUUGACUCAUUAUUUCGAAGGAUUUAACGUUACUUCGGAAAUUCCAUACAGGGAAGUGCCCGAUUAAAAACAAAAUUGGGAGUUUAUGACUGUUUCUGAUGUAUUCUCGUGUUCGUCUUCGAGACCUUUCACCUCCAGUUAAAACGGUUUUAUUUUGUUAAAUGCGUGGUAGUGUUCUCAUUUUUUAUUAUUUUAUAUUUCAAAAAUACUUAUUACCGAACU